AUGCCUAACCCACCCACCCCGCAGUGUGUGCGGCGCUUACAGAAGGAGUAUUCUGCUUUGUGUCGAGAGAUCGACCCGUUGUUUUUCGCUAUCCCCUCCGCAAAGAGUAUUUUGCAUUGGUACUUCAUCAUCAACGGCCCUGUUGAUACGCCUUAUGAAGGCGGUCGCUACUUUGGGCGAUUGAAUUUUCCACCUGAAUAUCCAAUGAAGCCGCCUGAGAUAAUUAUGCUGACACCUACUGGGCGUUUCGAGGUUAACAUGGCAAUCUGCCUCACUAUGAGCAAUUACCAUCCGGAGAACUGGAGCCCGCUGUGGGGGAUCCGAACCAUUCUUACCGGUUUACUUUCGUUUAUGGCGGGGGAGGAAUAUGCCACUGGAUGUAUGGUUUGUAGCGAUGCGCAGCGAAGGAAGUACGCUCGUGAGAGCCGUCGUUUCAAUGUGGAACAAAUGACAUUGUACAAGCAACUCUUUCCAGAAGAAUAUGAGAAAGAUUCAGCAGCCUUGAAGGGAGAGAGCCAUGAGAACAACGGAUCCAUGUGUAAAACAGAUGGUCACGUGGAGAGUUGCGGUGCGGAUGCGAAAACGGAAGGCGCGAUUGGAUUGCAAGAAGAGCAAUGGAGCUGGUUGUCUCCGAUGCUUCUAAGUCUUUUUGCUGUGGCAAUUGGGGCCUAUUUUUGGCUGUGGUGA